AAUAUGAUUUGAAUUUUUUUAAAUCAUGAUGUUUUUAAAUUUAUUACACAAAAAAUGUGUUACUGUCAUAUAUUGCACUGGCCCCCUUUGAAAUAAGCGAUGAGUAUUCAUUUCUAAUCGUGUCGAAAAAAUGAAAAAAAAUGUUGUACUGGUAGCGACAUCUUAUGGAUGUUAGUCCACUUACGAAUUGGUUUGAAACUUAGGUUGGUAUUCUCACACACGUUUUCAACACAUUUUUGUUCGGGGCUCGCUAUCUGUUAUCUGUGAUUUCCCUAAGAGCAAUAUCCAGCAAGUCAGCUCUGGUCGACUUUGGUUAUUCCCGGCAUUCAUCGGCUCCCCGGAAGCGGAUUUCCUUUAGCAUGCGGAUCGAUUGUGCAAUACUUUUCCACCAUAUCAAGUAAGUAGAAAGGUGUUUUUAUGAUUGAGGGGCCUACUUAAGUUAAAUCUUGCCCGCAGGAUAAUUCAGGAUGUGCUAAACAUUUAGAGGAGAAACCGGAAUAUGAUGUACGUCAGAUUCCUCACCGGAUAAUUGGUUGGUGCCGGGAGAACAUGGCUGGAAAUAGUUUAUCAAAAAAAGACGGAUCAGGUAAAUAAUUAAAGUUUAAAUUAAUUCGAUUGUAAUUUCUUGUUGAUUUGCCAGGUACUGCUGAUUUCCUGAACAAGUUUCGAAGUUAUUUGGAAAGAGUAAGAGUGUCCGAAUUACAAAACAAGCUGGAGCACCGGCACGAUGUAACCAAACAUCAAAUGCCAACAGAUUUCAGCGGAAUCUGUGCCAAACAGUCCCCCAUGGGCUAGUGCUCUGCGGUGCUUGCAACCUUCGGCUGGAACCAAGUGUACUGAAGCUGUUACCACCGUUGCUUUCAAUAAGUUCGAAAGGAUAAUCUGGUCCGAAAGCAAUUAAUUAUUAUAAUGAACUGGCAAAUUCAAUCAGUUGUUUAGGCAACUAUGCCCUUUACAUUUGGGCAAAUUUGGGCCAAUUCCAGCGUCCGGGAGCUGUUGAAUCAGCAGCUGCGCCAGGAUAAACAAAUCCCUCAGAACUCAGGCCAGGACUUGACUAAGGCCGGUGAAACGUUCAAAAAUUAACCGGAGCGGGUUGUAGUCGUGGCAGAUUUGAAACAGCUGUCUUGUGUCAGCGCCAACAGUUGACAGAGAUCUGGCGUCUGAGGAUUUUCUUCUGAGUGGGCGUUAGCGACCCUACCAAAUAUAAGAACAAAUUUCGUUAUAUUCGUUAUAUUGGUAAGUAUUUUGCAGAUUGGUUGGUUGAAAAGUAAUAAUUGACACGUUUUCAUUAUUUUUAAGAUUACAUCGACGUUUCACAAGAUACUUUGUAAAAGUUGGAAUCGGAACAUAGGAAGAAACACGAGAACUAUUCGCUACGAUGGAUAGGAAAAAAUCAAAAAAAUAAUUAAGGUUCUUGCUUCUUAUGACAGUCUUAUAACAGCUUUCAAGUUGGUACAAAUUCUCAGUUUACAAGACUCGGGCUUAGAUUGGCACAGUAAACUGGCCUCGUUGUUAAGGUGGCCAAACGAGAACUUUCUUGGGAAAGUAUUUACAUCCGAUAAGCGAAGAACCCCGCACGGGAGAUGAUCGUCCACAUGCCCGAGUUCAGAGUUCCGAAAGUCAUUAAAAGUUUGACUACAAAGAAUUAUUACAACAUAAUUAAUGUCAGGAAUUCCGGAUAAACGCUUCGACUUGAGGCAAGAGCAUCGAAAUCAUAUCCUUCAGGCGGUGAUGGAGCUGUGGCUUAAAAGCUGUUCACGUUGCGCUGCAUGCAAACGGAUUUUGGGGCCCCGUGAUUUUAUUCGAGACCGUUUAUGGAUGAUUAUGAGGGUAGCCGAAACCGCCACCCGCGACGAUCAGCAACAAAAUCUUAAGCUAUCCCGUAAGAUUCCUGAUCGGAUACAAAUUGCCAGUCAUAGAGAGUACGACGAAAAUAGCAGCCCUCGUUCCGGUCAUGAUAGUCGAAUACUUCCCGCAUGUGAUAGUACUCUGCGGUGCUCGCAACAUCCGAAUGAAGCUAAGCCUGCUGGAGCUGCUGCCACCAGGGCCGCCGUUGCCCUCAAAAAAGACGAGUGCAUGAUCUGGUAGGGAAGCAAUACAUUUACAAUAAACCCAUAAAUAAAGAAAUAAAAGUUAAAUUCCUUCUUGUUUCAUUUUUGAUUCUAUUGAGAUUGCCAAUUUUAACGAUUCUAUACGAUUCGACGCACUGGCGAGAAAACAUGGAAAAACUUUCUGUUGAGUAAAAUGCACUAAACUUAACGUUGAGUUAAACACGCUAAACUUAAAGUUGAGUUUAAUGCAUUAAACUUAACAUUAAGUCCCUGCACUUUUUGUCCGGGUUGCAUACAAAAAAGUUGCGGCCGAGUUUUUUAUUUUUACCGUGCACAAAACUAUUUCACUAAAAGUUAUAAUUGAACCGCAAUUGAAAUCUAAUUUUAAUAAAAUUGUCAUUAGUUUACCUCAACGGUCAGAAAAAUGCCGCACGUGUUGUACAUUCACUAAUUGAAAAAAAAACUUAAACUCCCGUGAAAAAGCAAUAAAAAUAAAAAAAACGUCAAACCGUUAAAAAAAUUGCCCGAUGGAUACUUUACCUAAGCACAAAUUUAAAUUAAAAAAAAAGUUAUCGAAAAUGAAUCAAUUUAUUUAAUUUUGUUUUUAGAAUUUUUUUUUUUUAAUGUAUGUUACUUUUUACAGCUUGUGCAAUUGUUGUAUGAGGUAGAAUUUUUCCAAUUCGUUGUCGUCGUUGAUUUUCGCUGAUCG